AUGAAUCGUAGCUUCAGAGCUUCGGAAUCGCAAAUGCUAACUGCGGUGAGACAGAGGCGUCGUGAAUUAGGGAUUUCCAGAUCGUCGUCGUUUUUUGUCGAUAAGGAUGACGAGCUUGCGUUGUUUAAUCAGAUGAAGAAUUGCGAGAAUGAGAAUGAUGAUCUUCUGUUACGAGAUUCUAAUGAAGAAUUCGUUGAUUCUGCAUUAGGCUCUAAUCUGAGGACUUCUUCCUUAUUUAACAUUUCAUCAUCAACUGAAGCUCCUGUGCGAAAGACUGGUGCGGAUGAUUUUCUCAAUUCUGAAACUGAUAAGAAUGACUAUGAUUGGCUUCUAACUCCUCCUGGGACUCCCCUUUUUCCUUCUUUGGAGAUGGAAACUAAAAAAACUGUUAUGAGUCAGCUCGGUGCUUCAACCACACUUCCCGUGCCAUUAAAAUCUAGAAUGGCAAAUCCUCCACCGGAGCAUAGUAGAAGAAACAACUUGGUUUCUAAACAAGCUUCUUCUCCUGGGUUGACUGCUUCAGGUGGUGGAACCAGGAGGCCUUCAUCAUCAGGGAAUCCAGGAUCAAGACCUGCAACUCCCACGGGACGGUCAACAUUAACCACAUCUUUAAAAUCAUCUAGACCUUCAACACCUACUUCCCGGACAUCGAUACCUUCAACUAGGACAAUGGUAACUGCGGCAAAGCCCACUGUUCCUUCUGCUAAGACUACAGUUCCUGUCACGAAGAAUACUACAGUUCCUGCAGCUAAACCAUCAGCUCCUGUCACGAAGAAUACUACAGUUCCUGCAGCUAAACCAUCAGCUCCUGUUAUCAAGACUACUACAGUUCCUGCAGCCAAACCCACGGUCCCUUCUAGGUCUUCAAUACCCUUGUCAAGAUCUACUAUAAGAUCUUCAACACCGACCAGCAGGACUACCUUAUCUAACUCCAGGCCUACUUUAUCUGAUUCCAGGCCUGCAUCAAGGGCAUCAACACCUACGCGGCAAGCGUCCACACCAUCAAAUGUGCCAACCAUCUCUGCUCCUUCAGUUAAGAUUUCUUCAAUACCCAAGCCAGCUCCAGCCUUGUUGAAGCAGCCAAUACCUUCACGAGGAACUUCACCAACCCCGAGAUCAAGACUAUGGAAGCCAUCUGAAAUGCCUAACUUUUCACUUGAUGCUCCCCCCAACUUGAGGACAACACUUUCGGAAAGGUCAGUUUCAGCAACUAGGGGAAGACCUGGAGCACCCUCAGGACGCUCUUCCUCAAUUGAGCCUGCUUCUAGUGGCAGACCAAAGAGACAAUCCUGCUCUCCUUCUAGAGGACGGCCCGCCAAUGGCAUUUCUCGUACAAGUGGAAGCUCAAUGCCUGCCGUUAAUCGUGGAUACUCUAAAAUGAAUGACAAAGUCAGUCCUGUUGCAAUGGGCACCAAAAUGGUUGAGAGGGUAAUAAAUAUGAGGAAACUAGCACCUCCUAAGAUGGAUGUCAAAAACUCUCCCCGUAGUAACCUCUCUGGCAAGUCAUCUCCAUCUCCAGAUAGCUCUGGCUUUGGAAGAACACUCUCAAAGAAAUCCUUGGAUAUGGCUAUUAGGCAUAUGGAUAUAAGAAAAAGGGUUCCAGGAAAUAUGCGACCAUCAAUGACAAACAUUCCAGCUUCUUCAAAGUAUAGUGUGCGGUCAGGACAUCAGCGAAGUAUAAAUGUUAGUGUCUUGGGUUCUCCACAUGCAACUAGCAGCAAUGCUGGUUCUGAAACGAGUGUAAACCAAAAUGGUGUUUACUCAGAUAAUAGUGAAAUAGAUUGUUACGAUAUGUUGAGUGACAGAGGUGUUCAAUCUCCUGCCAGUGUGCGGGGCAGGUACAACUACAAACCAUCAUACUGA